ACUAAAAAUUUAUUUUAAUAAUGAAAUGUCAAAAAUAUAUCACUGAAAUUUAUCAUAUGAAUAAAAAUGAUUUAAGGUUAAUAAGAAUGUGAAGAAAAACUUCCAAAUUUCCCAGACACUACAGGGAAUAGCUCUUUUUCUUGGUUGGUCAAAAGAAAUAUCAAUAUUGAUUAAAAUUAAAAGUUUCAGGUAUUAUUGUAAUUUAAAUAAUGGCAAUUGCUGAUGAUCAACAUUUCUGUUUAAAAUGGAACAAUUUUCAAGCAAAUAUCACGUCCCAAUUUGAGACUUUGCGUUACGACGAGGAUUUCACUGAUGUUACAAUUGCUUGCGAUGGUCAGAGAUUACAAGCACAUAAAGUCGUUUUAUCAGCUUGCAGUCCUUUCUUCAAAGAAUUAUUCAAGACGAACCCCUGUCCUCAUCCAAUUAUAUUUAUGAGAGAUGUCGAAGCUAAACAUAUCACGUCUUUAAUAGAAUUUAUGUAUGCUGGAGAAGUGAACAUCGCUCAAGCUCAUCUAUCAACAUUUCUUAAAACUGCGGAGUCCCUAAAAAUUCGAGGGUUGACGGACACUACAUCUGAUUUACAAAAAGAAGAUGACACUCAAGACACUGUUUAUUCUCAGCACAGCUCCAAACAUAAAUUAAAUAAGUCUCCAAAUCCAAAUAGUACUGUAACUUCUAGUCAAGACGUUCCUGAAACAUUAUUACCACCUUCUAGUCCACCAACCAAAAAAGUAUGUAAGUCUGAAACAGAAUCGUUGUCUUCGAAGCAGGAAAAUGUGGCUGUGAGUGUUUUCAACUUGAAAGACAUAACUGAAAACAAAAAUAAAGAAUUUACGAAAACGACUCAACCGAAACUCGAAUUACCAGAUUAUCUAAGCGAUGUAGCUGAUGACGAAGAUGGUAGAGAGGAUAACGAAGGUCUUUUAGGAUUGUUUCCGACCACUCAUAUUAGAGAAAUGUCAGGUGGAAUGGAAAUUAUACCGCAGUCUUCCGGGUUUUAUGAAAAAGAUACUAAACACGAACAAUUAGGACACGGUUUGAAGUUUAAAAGGAGAAAAUCGAUGGAAAGUUGGUUUUUUAAUAAUAACGAUCAACAGAUGAAUUUAUACGAAGAUUCGACUGAACUACCACCGAUAGUAGGCGAAAGACAAAAAAACGAGAGAAGAAAUAGACUGAUAAAACUUGGAGAAGGAAUAGAAAUAUACGAAGAUCAAUUACGUAGCGUAAAAUGGAAUGAUUAUAGAAAAUUAACUAGAGGUCUGGCAACUAUACUGUUCAGCCCCGCCGAACUGGCGACUUGUUCGGUAACAGGCCAAAGAUGGAGUCGUGCCGGAAACGGGGAAAGACCGGUAAAACCGGCUUUAGAUCGUGCCAAAGUACAAGCAAUUAUAUCGUAUGUAGCAAAUAGAUUUCCAAUGGUAGAAAUAAGUAGGAUAAAGCAAGUAUUGGCUUACAAAUGUAAAGAGAAUUCGACUGCUUUUAAAAUGAAAGCAGUGCGAUAUUUUGGAGAUCAAAUGAACAAAUGAAAUCUUAGUCGAAAUAACAGAAAAAAGAUGUGUCAAAAUAUUAAUUUUCGGUUUUAAUUAAAAGAAAACACUAAUUCAUCAAAUAGUUUCAACUAAAAAUAAUUUUAUAAUUUAUUAAUCUGUUUAUUUGUUGUAAAAAAUUUGUAAGUUUAUUUUUUGUUAAUAAAAAUUUUGUUUGUUGUUGAUUUACAUUAAAAAAUGGUGUUUGCGCUGCCCUACCAACUUCCUAUAUGACAUUAUCUAAAAUUUUCGAAGCUAAAAACACCUUAAGAGAAUUUUUUUAGUACUUGCACACUGUUUACACCACUACUGCACCAACACUCACGAUUACACUGUUUGACGCGCGUUUCUAUAACCAAUUAAUCGUCUAUAGACCCUGAAGACGAUUAUUUGGUUAUCAAAACGCGCGUCAAACAGUGUAAUCGUGAUCUAAUCUCAAGGUGACUUUCAAAAUAAACGAUUUUUAUCUUUUUCAUCCGUUAACGUUUGUCCCAAUGAAAAAAACUCUUCUAUUUCCAUAAUAUCGUCCAUAAAUAUCGGAUUACAAACAAA